CAUGCAGGUCUAGUGAGGCUCCUUGCCUGCAGCAAUUUCCGCCUCUUAAUCCCAUGAAACAUCAACUCUUUCAUGUGGCAUAUGUGCUCAUCAAGUUUGCAAAUUCUCCGCGGCCAGAUCUUUGGGUUCUUGAGCGAUCUACAGACUUUGGAGAAGCCUACUCCCCUUGGCAGUAUUUCGCUUCUUCCAAAAGAGACUGCAUUGAGAAAUUUGGACCGAAGUCUGUGGAACGCAUUAUUAAGGAUGAUGAUGCUAUCUGUACCACGGAGUAUUCACGUAUUGUGCCUCUUGAAAAUGGGGAGAUUGUAGUUUCCUUGGUAAAUGGACGACCAGGAGCCAUGAACUUUUCUUAUUCUCCUGUGCUCCGUGACUUCACCAAAGCUACUAAUAUCCGUCUGCGGUUCCUCCGAACGAACACCCUCUUGGGCCAUUUGAUGGGCAAGGCCUUGCGGGACCCAACUGUUACACGACGGUAUUACUACAGUAUUAAGGAUAUCAGCAUAGGUGGACGUUGUGUGUGUAAUGGUCACGCUGAUGUUUGUGAUGCUAAGGACUUAUCGAAUCCAUACCGACUUCAAUGUGAUUGCCAACACAACACAUGUGGAGUGUCAUGUGACCAUUGUUGCCCUGGAUACAAUCAACUGCCUUGGAAACCAGCUACGAUAGACAGUGCAAAUGAAUGUGAACCCUGUAACUGCAAUGGCCAUGCCUUUGAAUGUGUGUAUGACCCUGAAGUCGAUGAACGCAAAGGAAGCUUGAAUAGCCAUGGCCGUUAUGAAGGAGGCGGUGUCUGCAUUAAUUGUCAAGACAACACUGCUGGGGUCAACUGUGAACGAUGUGUGCAUGGAUAUUAUCGUGCACCUGACAUGCCAGCAGAUUCUGUGAAUGCUUGCCUUCCUUGUAAUUGCAAUUCAGAGUUCACAGAAGAUGCCUGUGAGGAUAACACAGGCCGUUGUUACUGUAAGUACAAUUACGCUGGUGACAACUGUGACUACUGUGCUGAGGGAUACUACAACUUUCCCAAUUGUUACCCUUUACCAGUGGAUCCCACACAAUCGACAGGGGCUCUCAUUCACGUUGGGAAAAUAAUAAACUGUGACUGCAGUGCAGCGGGAACCCAGAACAAUGACUGCCAGCCAGACCCGAGCACGGGGCACUGUAACUGCAAGCCAAACUUUACAGGUCGCUUCUGUAAACAGUGCAUGCCCCAUCACUUCGGUGCAAACUGCCAGCCAUGUCGUUGUUUGGGCCCAGGCGUUACCGGUGGGAGCUGCAAUGAAGAGACUGGACAGUGCAUUUGUCGUCAGGGGUUUGAAGGUUUCUACUGUGACCAGUGUGCCCCUGGCUACUUUAACUAUCCACUCUGUCAACUGUGUAGCUGCAGCAUUGCUGGUAGCUUGCCUGAGGUUUGUGAUCACUCUGGCCGUUGCCUGUGCAAGCCCGAAUUCGAUGGAGCUCGCUGUGACCAAUGUGCUACUGGAUUCCAUUCCUACCCUCGCUGCCAUGCUUGUUCCUGUGAUGUUCGUGGGUCAGUGGACAAUUUCUGUGGGUCUACAGGCCAGUGCCAGUGUCAUCCCAGUUACGCGGGCCCCACGUGCAACCAGUGUGCACCUGGUUUCUAUGGAUACCCCAGCUGUACAGCUUGCCGCUGUACCUUGGAAGGCUCAUAUAUUAACUCUUGUGACCAAGAAACUGGGGGGUGUAGCUGUCGCCCACGUGUGACAGGGCUGCACUGUGACACAUGUGUCGAAGGAGCUUAUGGGUUUCCUGAUUGUCGAGUGACUUCCUGUGACCCAGCUGGCUCUACAUCUCUCUCCUCUGACAUUGAAUCCUGUCAAUGUCGGGAAAAUGUUGAAGGUUCAGCAUGCGAUAAGUGCAAGCCUCUUUAUUGGAAUCUUUCAAUAGAAAACCCAUGGGGAUGUACCAGUUGUCAGUGCCAUAUUGAAGGUACAUUAAGUGGUGUUGCAGAGUGCCAGCAGAGUGAUGGCCAAUGUUUCUGUAAGCCGAAUGUCUGCACUCACCAUUGUACAACUUGUAAAGCAGGGUACUAUAACCUCAACCGUGGGAAUUAUUUUGGCUGUCAAGGCUGUCAGUGUGAUAUAGGAGGCUCCGUGGGUAGUGCAUGUGCUGACCGUUCAGGAAGUUGUCAAUGCAGACAGAACAUCGAAGGACGUACAUGCAACCAAGCAAGGCCUGAUCAUUACUUCCCUGAUCUGCAUCAUCUGGGGUUUGAGAUUGAGGAUGGUACGACCCCUGAUGGGAGGGCCGUUCGUUUUGGCUUUAAUCCACUUGAGUUUGAAAACUUUAGCUGGCGGGGGUAUGCGCAGAUGUCUCCAAUUCAGCCUAAGGUAGUUGUGACUGUCAAUGUGACUUCUCCUGACCUGUUUCGCAUUGUCUUCCGCUAUGUGAACCGCGGAUCUACUGAUGUGAAAGGAAUGGUCAUGGUCAGCGAAAUAAGUCUUGAAUGUGGGAACUGUUCUGAACAGACAAAGCAGAUCAUUUUUGCCCCCAGCACGGAGCCAACUUUUGUUACCGUGCCACAGAAUACAUUUGUGGAACCAUUUGUGCUUAAUCCUGGGGCAUGGUCUGUGGUCAUCGAAGUAGAGGGAAUCCUCUUGGAUUACCUGGUCCUUCUACCAAGUGCUUACUAUGAAGCACCAAUCCUCCAGCUCAAAGUGACUGAACCCUGCACCUAUACAAUAACUCCUCAGGACACCACUCAAAAUUGUUUGAUGUACAGGCACCUACCCCUGGAUGGCUUCCCCUCAAUCAUGGCUACCGAAGGCAUGUGUGCCCUUGACAACUAUCUCCAUAGCCAGUGUCAUGUGGUGCAGCCCACUCCAAGGCAUCCAUCAAUGGUUCUUCUCAAUGCUGAGCAGGUUAAUGUCCAGAUGGUGAUGAGAGUUCCACAUUCAGGAACCUAUGUGGUGCUGAUUGAAUACGCAACUGAGACAGAUCCAGGCCAAAGCAUCAGUGUCCAUGUGAAUGCUCUAGGAGGCCAAGAGCAGCCAGACACCAUCAGGCUGAAUUAUUGCAAAUACAGUUUUCUGUGUCAUGGGGUUGCAAUCGACUCUUUGAACCGUGUCGCUGUGUAUGAAUUACCAACCAACGUUGAACUGCAGAUCAUUGCUGACUCAGCCAACAUCCUUCUGAACAAAGUAUAUCUCAUACCCCAUGAACAGUUCACCAUGGAAUACAUACUGCCAGGAGUACAUUGCAUCAGUACUCAUGGAACAUUUGCACCAGACAGUGGCUCCUGCACCACCUCCAGGUUCCAGAAGCCUUCUCAGUCGAUCAUCCUGACAGAAGGCAAAAUUUCCUCUCCCUCGACAUUGCUGCACCUCUAUCCAGUCAGAACCCUUGACCGACCACAACAGCCUCCCAUUCAACCACGUACCAUUGUGGAGACAGCUGACUUGAUCUUACUUCGGUCCCCUCAGACUGUUGCCACCUUCAGCAGCCGUAUUCCAACUCUGGGGCGAUACGCCUUUGUGAUUCACUUCUAUCAACCAGAGCACCCUUCCUACCCCACUGAGGUGCUGAUUAAUGGAGGCCGGAUUUGGCAAGGUCAUGUCAACACUUCAUUCUGUCCCCAUGGUUAUGGUUGCCGUAGUUCAGUCCUUUCUGAAAAUAAGAUUAUCCUGGAUAUAACUGACAACGAUGUGUCCAUUAUCAUUCGCGUGCCUGAUGGCAAGACUCUGUGGUUGGCCUACAUUUUGAUCAUACCAGAAGCCAGUUACAAUUCAAACUACCUCGUCGAAGAACCUUUAGACAAAUCUUAUGAUUUCAUAAGCACCUGUGGAGGAAACAGUUUCUAUAUCAACCCCAGGACAGCUUCAAAAUUCUGCAAAGACUCUGCAGUGUCCCUAGCCGCAUUCUACAAUAACGGUGCUCUGCCUUGCAUGUGCCAUGAAGUGGGUGCUACCAGCUCAUCCUGUGACCCCUUUGGAGGGCAGUGCAAUUGCCGACCCAAUGUGAUUGGCCGUGACUGUUCCCGUUGUGCUACUGGCUAUUAUGGAUUCCCUAACUGCAGACCGUGUAAUUGUGGCAAGCGUUUGUGUGAAGAGGCCACAGGUCACUGCAUCUGCCCCCCACGGACCAUUCAACCCGAGUGCAUUGUCUGUGAGCCACAGACGUUUGGUUGCCACCCACUGGUUGGCUGUGAAGAAUGCAACUGCUCACACUCGGGAAUUCGAGAUAGGACCAGGCCUGGAUGCAACAGUGAGAGUGGACAGUGCAGGUGCAAGCCUAAUAUAACUGGACGUCGGUGUGAUCGCUGUGCUCCUGGAUACUACCACUACCCUGACUGCAUGCCAUGUAAUUGUAAUGAGGCUGGAACCCAAGCCAGCAUCUGUGACUCUGUCACUGGGCAAUGUCAUUGCAAGGAAAAUGUGGAAGGUCCACAGUGUGACACCUGCCGCCUGGGAACAUUCUACUUGGAUCCAGCCAAUCCCAAGGGUUGUACCAGCUGCUUCUGCUUCGGAGCUACCGAUCGGUGCCAGAUCUCCAAUAAGAGAAGAACUGCGUUGGAACAUACGAUUGGCUGGAAGUUGAUGAGUAGUGAUCGUCAAGAGCUGCUGGUAACUCCCAAUCCUGAGGACAGAGAGGUUGCAGCUGAUGUGGCCGAUAUCUCCCAGGAGCUAUACUGGCAGGCACCACCUCCUUACCUUGGAGACCAGAUUUCGUCAUACGGAGGGUACUUGAUGUAUCAGCUUCGGUCUGAAGUGCAACGCGGUGACAUCAUCUCUUUACCAGUUGAAUCCCGCCCUGAUGUGAUUUUGAAGGGCAACCAAAUGACCAUUAUGUAUGUGGCAAAGGAUUACCCAGCACCUGGAGAACUGCACGAAAGUUGGCUUCAACUGGUGGAGAGUAAUUUCAGGCAUGCGCAAACACACAAUCCUGUGUCCAGAGAAGAAAUGAUGAUGGUGUUGGCGAACCUGGAUGGUCUUCAGAUUCGAGCCCUUCACUCCCAAUUGGCCAAGCUUGUUGCACUGAGGAAUGUGAUACUUGAGCAAGCUUCUGACGCUGGAGAAGGGAGUGUGGCCAGCAAUGUGGAAAUCUGUCACUGUCCAGCUAAUUAUAUGGGGGAUUCCUGUCAGGACUGUUCUCCAGGCUAUUAUCGAGAUACAAAGGGUCUUUUCCUGGGUAAAUGUGUGCCUUGUAACUGCAAUGGCCACUCAGACCAGUGCCUCGAUGGAUCAGGAAUUUGUGUUAACUGCCAGCAUAACACUGAAGGAGAGAACUGUGAGCGCUGUAAGACUGGCUUAGUUGAAAAUGCGACAGUUGGAGCAGCAUCGCUUUGUGUUCAGUGUCCCUGUCCCCUCACUGUUUCUUCUAACAACUUUGCGAAGGAUUGUAUCAAUCAUGGAGAUCGUACACAGUGCCUCUGUAAGCCAGGCUAUGCUGGUUUAAAAUGUGAAAGGUGUGCCCCAGGUUACUUUGGAAAUCCAAUGGUAUUGGGCAGUGAAUGUCAACCAUGCAACUGUAACGGCAAUACAGAUUCUAAUAUGCUUUUCAGUAAUUGUGAUUCGCUGACUGGUAUUUGCCUGGGCUGCAUGCAUAACACUGCUGGGCCUCAUUGUGAACUCUGCGCACCAGGUUUCUAUGGCGAUGCAGUGGUAGCCAAGGACUGUGCUCCAUGUAAUUGUUCACCAUGUGGCACAGAAUCAUGUGAUGAUAGGACUGGUGAGUGUCAGUGCAAACCUGGUGUGACAGGACCACACUGUGACCAAUGUGAGGCUGGAUAUUAUGGAUAUGACAGCUGUGCUGGCUGCCGGAGAUGUUCCUGUGAUGUUGCUUCUCAGAACAAAAUCUGUGACAUUCAGACUGGCCAGUGCCCCUGUAUGCCUGGUGUGACUGGACUCCGGUGUCAGCAUUGUGCACCAGGGUACUGGAACUACUCUUCACAUGGAUGCAGAAGGUGCAAUUGUAAUGGGGGAUCAUGUAACCCUCGGACUGGUGACUGCACAUGUAACAAUGGUUUGGGAGGCAGACAGUGUGAUACCUGUUUACAGACGCAUCAGAUCCCUGUUGGUGACCAUUUGGAUUCCAUGAAGUGUGAGCCUUGCGAUAGUUGUGUGGUGGCCCUUUUGGAAGACCUCAACAGGACAGCUGCAUUGCUGCCUGACAUCAGGGGACAGCUUUCAAACUUGACCGCAAGUUCCAUCGCGUGGGCACGCAUGAACGCUCUGAGUGAUAACAUCGGACAGCUUUCGGAUGAACUGAGCAAGCAGCGUGCGUCACAGGAUCAAACCAAAGAUCAUACUGAUGAGCUGGAGACUGACAGCAUGAAUUUAAUACAAGACCUGGUAGCGUACGAAGAAAAGGUCACCAUGAUAAAUAAGGACGUUGUGGUGCUGGGAGAGAGUAUUGGUGGAACCCACCAGCAUACUAAUGGCUUGCUUAACAGUAUCACAGAUCUCAAAGGGAACAUUUUAGAUCUGAUUGAUAAGAUGAACAAGACACAGUUGGAUACCAGCAUGCCAUCUCCUGAUGAAUUUGUACAGAAACUUGCUGAGGUGGAAAAGUUAUUGAAAGAAAUGAGAGGCCGAAAUUUCAGCAGUCAGCACGAUAUAGCUGAGAGCGAGAAAGAGGAGGCAAAAAAACUACUUGAACGAGUGGAGAAGCAGCUGGAGAAACCGUUACAAGAUAUUAAUGAUCUUGUUGAACACCUAAGUGAUAAACUGCUGAAGUAUAAUAUGGAAUUAAUGGACCUUAGGGAUGCCCUUAACGAAGCAGUUAAUAAAACUGGACAAGCCAAUGAAAAGAACAAUAUCAAUGAGCAUUUACUGGCAGAGAACAUGCAAAAAGUUGAGGAACUGGAAGACCGGUACAAGCAAGUAAAGGAAGUGCUGAAAAUGGCCAGUGAUUCCUUAGCGCAGGUUUCUGACCUCCUCCAGAUGUUUGAUGUUGCUAAGGAGGAAUAUGACAGACUGGCUGCAAUGUUGGAUGGUGCCAGAAUGCCCCUCAUUGAAAAGGUGAAAAAAUUCUCACCAGCAAGCAGCAAAAUUCCAAUUAUUGAGCAUGCUGAGGAACAUGCGCGGUUUCUGGAUGAGCUUGCGAAAAAUUUGUCCAGGGCAAUUGAAGAUACAAACCAAGAUGGAUUUAUUCAGCGAGCAGUGAAUGCAUCCAAUGCAUAUGCUGGUAUUAUUGAGGCAGUGGAAACAGCCAAGGCUGCAGCAAAGGAGGCAGAUGAGGCAGCAAUGAAGGCUUUAAAGCAAGUGAUGGAUGAAGAUUUGGCUCAACAAGCUGCUGAUUUGAAGAAGGCAGGCACACUGCUAGAGAAGGAGGCUAAGAAAGCUCAGAAGAAAUCUGAAGAAGAACUGAAGCCGAAACUGAAAGCGUCGAAGGAGCGGCUGGAAGAUGCAAAGACCAAGAAGGAGCAACUCCUCAGUCAGCUGACGUCACUUCAAGAUAUGCUGAAAGACAUUAAUAGAGGUUCACUGGAACCAGUGAAUCCAGCCACUGAAGGGCUUAUUGUCGCUGUUGCUGUGGUGCAGAGAAGGCACAGAGAAACGGAGGAGGAACUGAUGCACCAGCAAGCCCAGGGCCAGCAGCAUCCUCCAACAGAAGCUGAACAGUCUCUGCACAGAGGGAUCACAGCUGAAGGUCCCCUCACGACGUGCAUUACGGUUCCUGUAUGUGACAGCCUCACAUUGAACAAUGAGAAGAUGCCAGGUUACACUGAGCAUUUGGGACUUAGAGUUAUGGCCAAUUCUCGACCUGGUGCAGGGCUGGACUUUAAAGAUGACACCAGCACCUACGGUAUCCCAGCAGUGCUGAGUAAUUAUACCUAUGGCGAGGGGGGAAAGAAUGUGUCAAGUGGGGCACCACUGGGGACACGGUGCAUUGGUAAUGGAGGUGCAGCGCUGGACUUUAAAGAUGGCACCAGCACCUAUGGUAUCCCAGCAGUGCUGAGUAAUUCUGCCCAUGGCGAGGGGGAGAAUGUGUCAAGUGGGGAACCACUGGGGACACGGUGCAUUGGUAAUGGAGGCAUUGCAACAACACUAAAGACUUCCCGAAUCGACAGCGUCUCAACCAAAUCAACGGGUAUCCUUGGACCAAGCCUACAGCUCACUUGUAAGUAUUCUUGGACUGCAUACCUGGAACAGCUGAUGGCUCGUGCUAAUAGAAAUAGCUAA